GCUGAGCAGAUAAAGUCCUUUGAUCCGUAUAACUUGGGGAAGGGAAAGCCACUAUAUAUCUCAAUCACAGCUACAAGCCGCCCGCUACAGCUUGUUAACCAGAGCCAUCGAAAUAUAUAGUCAUCGUCCAUACAAGCAAUCUCCGAGAGGCCUACCUAACGCAGAGCACCAUGACUGCUUCAUUGUGCCCCCAAGCAAUUGACAUCAUCCUCUCUCCCUACCACGUCGGCCUGCGCGACCACCGUGUCGGCAAUGGACCCCACCGCAUCCUCUCCCUCGGACUCGAGCAAGAACUCCACCGCCUGGGAGUCGCCUUCCAUCUCAUCGAAAUCCCACCCGUCAACGAGUUCGAGGGCGAGAUAGGGCGCAGCUUCGAGCUCCUGCGCCGGAUCUCCACCGCCGUCAGCCAGUCGGUGGCCAACCGCCGCUUCCCCCUGAUCCUGUCGGGGAACUGCAUGGCCAGUGCCGCGGUCGCCUGUGGGCUGCGAGUGGACGACGACCUGGCCUACAUCUAUUUCGACGCCCACGACGAUCUGGACUCGCCGGAUGUGAACGAAAACGGGUAUCUAGAUGCCAUGGGCUUGUCCAUGCUGCGUGGGGAGAGCUGGAAGACCUUGAUGAACAGCGUGCCGGGGUUCAAGCCGGCAGAGUUCAAUCGGCGGUUCCUGUAUUGUGGGCUUCGAGAUCAGACCGGUGUGCAGAGGCAGCGGGUGAUCGAUGCGGGCAUGCAGGCCAUCUGGGGCAGCACGGAGAACAAGGUCGAUUUUGCGAGGGAGUUGAAGACCCAGCUGGAGCAACGAGCGUACGGCCAGGUGUUGGUUCAUCUUGAUCUGGAUGUCUUGGAUGACUCGUAUGGAAAGGUCAAUGACUACCCAUCCCCAGGUGGCUUAUUGGAAUCGGACUUGAUCGCUUGCAUGGAACUGGUUCCGCAGAAGACUACCCCUCGGUCGCUGACCGUGUGUUCUUUUGAUCCGGAUGCGGGCGACGGUGACAAGAUUGCUGGGAUUGCAGUGCGGGCGAUUAUAGUCCUUGUUCAAUCUCUCCUAGAUACCGGAGCUUUAUCCAAGAUCUGAAGCGCGCAUGCAGCCACAGCAAGUAAUCAAGAGGCUUUCACCCAGACGCUUUCCACAUAUGCUUUCACCACAAGACAGAACUGGAAUGGGAA